CCAUGAUUUCAUUAGAGAUAAGCAGUUUCCCGCAGAAAUCCUCCACUAGUUUAUGUGGUAUUUCUAGAUUCUCUCAUACUCAGAGAAAAGCGUCAGCUGCAGUGGUGGUGGCUCUUAGCUCAAAAGGACGAACAGGGGAGAGGAAAGUUAAGGCAGUGAUGGAGAGUACUUUGAAGGAGAUGAGAGACGGUGCUUCGGUGCUGGAUAUGGACCCUAAAUCCACUGUUGGUGGUGGCGUUGAGGAUACUUAUGGUGAGGAUUCUGCCACUGUGGACCAGCUCGUCACACCUUGGACCUAUUCCGUUGCUAGUGGGUAUACUUUGUUGAGGGAUCCACACCACAACAAAGGGCUUGCCUUCACCGAGAAAGAGAGGGAUUCUCACUACUUGUGUGGCCUUCUCCCCCCAAUAGUUAUAUCACAAGAACUUCAGGUGAGGAAAACAAUGAAAAAUCUCCGUAAUUAUCAAGUCCCAUUGCAGAGAUACAUGGCUAUGAUGGAUCUUCAGGAAAGGAAUGAAAGGCUAUUCUAUAAGCUUCUCAUUGAUCAUGUUGAGGAAUUGCUUCCUGUUGUCUAUACACCAACUGUUGGUGAGGCUUGCCAGAAAUAUGGAAGCAUCUUCAGGCGUCCACAGGGUCUAUACAUCAGCUUGAAAGAGAAGGGAAAGAUUCUUGAGGUGUUGAAGAACUGGCCCGAGAAAAGUAUCCAAGUUAUUGUUGUGACUGAUGGUGAGCGGAUUUUGGGGCUAGGGGAUCUUGGUUGCCAGGGGAUGGGAAUUCCUGUUGGCAAACUUGCGCUGUAUACAGCACUUGGGGGUGUUCGUCCUUCUUCGUGCUUACCUAUAACCAUUGAUGUGGGUACAAACAAUGAGGAGUUGUUGAAUGAUGAGUUCUACAUUGGGCUCAGGCAGAAGAGAGCAACUGGCCAGGAAUAUGCCAAUCUUCUACAUGAAUUCAUGUGUGCAGUUAAGCAGCAGUAUGGGGAGAAAGUCCUCAUACAGUUCGAAGAUUUUGCAAACCACAAUGCCUUUGACCUGCUUGCAAAAUAUGGAACAACCCAUCUCAUGUUCAAUGAUGAUAUACAGGGAACAGCAGCAGUGGUCCUUGCAGGGCUUGUUGCAGCACUGAAGCUAGUUGGGGGAACUUUGGCUGAGCAUACGUUCUUAUUUCUUGGUGCUGGAGAGGCUGGUACCGGUAUAGCUGAACUCAUAGCUCUUGAGAUGUCGAAACAGACAAAAGCUCCAUUGGAAGAGAAUCGCAAGAAAAUUUGGCUUGUGGACUCAAAGGGAUUGAUUGUUAGCUCUCGAAAGGAGUCCCUUCAAUUUUUCAAAAAACCUUGGGCUCAUGAGCAUGAACCUGCUAAGACACUUCUGGAUGCUGUCAAGGCAAUCAAGCCAACUGUGUUGAUUGGUACCUCUGGGGUAGGAAAAACAUUUACGAAGGAGGUGGUUGAAGCUAUGUCAUCCAUUAAUGAGAAACCUAUCAUUCUUGCUCUUUCAAACCCAACCUCACAGUCUGAGUGCACAGCUGAAGAAGCCUACUCAUGGAGUAAGGGCCGUGCAAUUUUUGCUAGUGGGAGUCCAUUUGAUUCUGUUGAAUAUGAUGGGAAAGUUUUUGUACCUGGCCAGUCAAACAAUGCUUACAUUUUCCCUGGACUUGGAUUGGGUUUGCUAAUUUCUGGUGCAAUCCGUGUGCAUGAUGAGAUGCUUUUGGCAGCAUCGGAAGGAUUGGCUGCACAGGUGACACAGGAGCAUUGCGAUAAAGGCCUACUCUAUCCUCCAUUUUCUAAUAUCAGAAAGAUAUCUGCACAUAUUGCUGCAAAUGUAGCUGCUAAAGCAUAUGAACUAGGUUUAGCAACCCGUCUCCCUCGACCGGAAAACCUGGUUAAGUAUGCAGAGAGUUGCAUGUACAGUCCUACCUACAGAAACUACCGGUGAAUUGGUGGAGAUGUCCCGGCAGUUCUUGAAGUCUUGUUUGGUUUUUAAACCUCUGUACUUUUUUUUCUUCUUCUGCAGUACCUUCUCUAUUUUGCCCUUUGUGUCUUCCCUGUUAGUAAUGUAACUUUUGUUUCUGUUUGGUUCAAGUUUGGAACUUGAAAAUGUCUCAUUUAAAUUUAUAUGAAAUAAAUAAUAGUCUUUUAAAGAUCCAA